AUGGCAGACUCUCAAGAAGACAAACUAUACAUGGUCGAGUACGCCAAGAGUGGCCGCGCUUCGUGCAGGAAGUGCAAGGAAAACAUCGCUAAAGACUCGCUAAGAAUGGCCAUCAUGGUGCAGUCGCCCAUGUACGACGGCAAAGUUCCACACUGGCAUCACUUCUCCUGCUUCUGGCUGAAAGCGGCGGCCCAGUCCCCCUCCGACAUCGCCGGCUUCUCCGCCAUCCGCUGGGAAGACCAAGAGAAAGUCAAGAAGGCCAUCGAAAACGGCGGAGCUGUCGGAGGAGGAAAAGGAGGCAAGAAAGGCGCCGCCGGGGAGAAGACGCUCAACGGCUUUGCGGUGGAAUACGCCAAAUCCAACCGCAGCACGUGCAAAGGAUGCGAUACGAAAAUAGAGAAGGAUCAGAUCCGCGUGUCAAAGAAGACGGUUGACCCAGAGAAGCCUCAGUUGGGUUUAAUUGACCGCUGGUAUCACACGGCGUGUUUCGUGAGCCACAGGGAGGAGCUGGACUUUAAGCCCGAGUACGGCGGCGCGCAGCUGAAGGGCUUUGGCACGCUGAGGGCUGAAGACCAGGUGGAGCUCAAGAAGAGGCUCCCGGCAGUCAAAACCGAAGGAAAGCGCAAAAACAACGAGGUGGACGGCGUCGCCAAGAAACAGAAAACUGAGGACGAUGAGGCGCAAAAAAAAUUGGAGACGCAGUUGAAGGAGCAAAGCCAGCUGAUCUGGGGCAUCAAAGACAAACUGAGGAAGCAUUGCUCCACCAAUGACAUGAAGGAGCUGCUCAUCGCCAACAGCCAGAGUAUUCCGUCAGGAGAAUCCAACAUGAUGGACAGCUUGGCAGACGGCAUGGCCUUCGGCGCUCUGGAGCCUUGCGGGGAGUGCUCUGGCCAGCUGGUGUUCAAAGGUGACGCCUACUACUGCACGGGGGACAUCUCGGCCUGGACGAAAUGUGUGUACAAAACCACUCAUCCCACACGUCGAGACUGGGUCACUCCAAAGGAAUUCCACGAGGUUUCUUUCCUGAAGAAGUUCAAGUUUAAGCGUCAGGACCGAUUUUACCCGAAGGAGGCGCCCGCUCAAAGCCAGCCCGUGGUUAAAUCAGAGUCUCUGGCCAGCGCAUCCGGCGCCCCCGUUAAACCACUACCAGAAGGCGGACCAUCAGAUAAACCUCUCACGGGCAUGAAGGUGUUGACCAUAGGCAAACUGGCCAAAAACAAGGACGAAAUCAAGGCAGCCGUGGAAGACCUCGGAGGAAAGAUUAGCGGCACGGCUAACAAAUCGGCGCUCUGCAUCAGCACCAAGAAGGAGGUGGAGAAAAUGAGCAAGAAAAUGGAGGAGGCCAAAGUCGCUGGUGUGCGAGUGGUCGCCGAGGAUUUCCUCGUCGACCUCAAGUCGUCGGGCAAAGCCUUUCAGGAGCUGGUCUCCCUGCACGCCAUUUCACCGUGGGGGGCCGAGGUCAAAGUGGAGGCCCCUCCGCCAUCGGCCGCUCCCGCCCCGUCCAAAUCGGGGGCCAUGGCUGCUUCCAAGAGCAGCGGGAGAGUCAAGGAGGAAGAAGGUAAGAACAAAGCUAAGAAAAUGAAACUGACAGUCAAAGGAGGUGCCGCAGUAGAUCCCGACUCAGGUCUGGAGAACAGCGCUCACGUUUUGGAGCAGAACGGUAAAAUGUACAGCGCCACCUUGGGCUUAGUUGACAUCGUCCGAGGAACUAACUCUUACUACAAGCUGCAGCUGCUGGAAGACGACGUCCAGAAAAGAUACUGGGUGUUCCGCUCUUGGGGCCGAGUGGGCACCACCAUCGGCGGCAACAAGCUGGAAAAAGUCGGCGACAAGAACUCUGCGCUCUCCAACUUCCUGUCCGUCUAUAGGGAAAAGACGGGUAACGAUUGGGGCGCCUCCAACUUCACCAAGUACCCCAAUAAAUUCUAUCCAUUGGAGAUCGAUUACGGGCAGGACGAAGAAGCCGUGAAGCGGCUGACGGCCACCGCUGGAACCAAGUCCAAGCUGGCCAAACCUGUCCAGGAUUUGAUUAAAUUGAUUUUUGAUGUGGAGAGCAUGAAGAAGGCCAUGGUGGAGUUUGAGAUUGACCUCCAGAAAAUGCCACUGGGAAAACUGAGCAAAAGGCAAAUUCAGAGCGCUUAUGCUCUUCUGACUCAAGUCCAACAGGCGGUGUCGGACAAUAUGACCGAAGCUCACAUUUUGGAUCUGUCCAAUCGCUUCUACACGCUGAUACCGCACGACUUCGGCAUGAAGAAGCCGCCGCUGCUCAGCAAUUUGGAGUACAUCCAGGCUAAAGUUCAAAUGCUGGACAAUUUGUUGGACAUCGAAGUGGCCUACAGCCUGCUGAGGGGAGGAGCGCAAGAUAACGAAAGCGAUCCUAUCGACAUUAACUACGAACAACUCAAGACGAAGAUCGAGGUGGUGGAUAAGAGCACACAGGAAGCGGACAUCAUUGUGCAGUACGUUAAGAACACGCAUGCGGCCACGCAUAAUACGUAUACACUGGAAGUACAAGAGAUCUUCAAAAUCAACCGCGAGGGAGAGCGCCAGCGCUUCCAGCCCUUCGAGGAGCUGCACAAUCGCCAGCUGCUUUGGCACGGCUCGCGAACCACCAAUUACGCUGGCAUCCUCUCUCAAGGUCUUCGCAUCGCGCCGCCGGAAGCCCCCGUGACCGGCUACAUGUUCGGCAAAGGCGUGUACUUUGCCGACAUGGUGUCCAAGAGCGCCAACUACUGUCACACCUCGCAGUCGGACCCCGUCGGACUUCUGCUGCUGGCCGAAGUCGCCCUAGGCAACAUGCAUGAACUGAAAAAGGCCUCCCACGUCACCAAACUACCAAAGGGCAAACACAGUGUUAAAGGUUUGGGUAGAACCGCACCCGAGUUGAGCGCCACCACCACAUUAGAUGGCGUCCAAGUGCCGUUGGGAAAAGGCGUCAACACCAACAUUGAUGAUACAAGUCUACUGUACAACGAAUACAUCGUGUACGAUGUAGCCCAAAUAAACCUCAAGUAUCUCUUGAAGAUUAAGUUCAACUAUCAAACGUCUUUGUGGUGA